GCGCAGCUCGUUCGGCCAUCACACCCAUCACGCGCCACCACCAAAAGGUUUGAGCUCACAGGUUUCGACCGAAUCAUGCAGUACGUCCCCUACCAGAAGCGAAUACUCUUCUACAAAUCUUUCGAGGAGGAGCAAGAAGAUCUCACUGUGGCGCUCCAGCAAAGCCUGGCCGAGGUAUUGCUACCAUUCUACCCAUUAGCGGGACGAUUGAGAAGCGGGAAUGGAGUUUCAGAGCCGGCAUUGGAGCUGGAUCGCACAGAUUUGGGCGUGAGAUUCACCCAAGCCGUGACGAGCUCGCGUCUCAGCGAGCUGGGAGAUUUCCAGCCUUGCGAAUUUUGUGAAUCCCUCUGUGACGUGGAGUGUUCCCCAGAGUUUCCAUGGACACCAGAUACUCCACUUCUUUUUCUCCAGGUGACUAAGUUCGGAUGUGGAGGCCUUAGCAUUGGUGUUUCUGGCAGCCACCAGAUCAUGGACGGUGUAAGUUUCUGGCAUUUCCUAAACUCCUGGGCCGAGUUCUCAAGAACAGGGAAGAUCGCGCACGCGCCCCAGGUGACUUUCGGCUACGAGGAGCGAGAUCCAACUCAAGCCAUCAAAGAAGUCCCGAGAAAGCCAAGCAAAUGCAGCGAGAGAUCCCAGGAGCUGGGACUCAAGCACUACAAGAUGGACAAGGAUAUGAUCGAGAAGCUCAAGCGUGAAGCACCAGGCACCACAACUUUCGAGGUUGUGUGCGCUCACUUCUGGAAGAAAGUGGUGGUGGCCAAGGGGCUGGAAGGAUCGAGCAGCUGCAACUUCAUGGUUCUUGUGGAUUGCCGCGGCCGGAUCAAGUCACUCCCCUCCAAGUUCUACUUUGGAAACGCGAUCUGGUCCUCGGUUGCGACUGCCACCGUCGGCGAUCUCGCAAGAAAUCCCGUGUCGCAUGCCGCGGCUCUUCUACACGAUGCGAUCACUAGAUUCGACGCAGACAAGGCAGAAGAGAAGUUCCAUCAGCGUCGACGUCCACAAGCUCAGCAAGGAUCGCAAGUGCUUGGAUCCAAGCCUUGCUUCACUCUGGUGGCGGUGGAGUCGCCCAAGCAACCGGUUUUCGAGUGUGACUUUGGGUUUGGAAGGCCGGUGGGGAUGAGCUUUGGAGCGAAUGAUCUUCAUGACGGCAAGAUCUAUCUCUUUCCUCUGGCACCCGGGUCGGGCAGUGGUGUUUCAGUCACUGUUGUUCUUGACAAGGAGUCUCUUGGAAGAAUGCUUUGAUUCACACGAGUUCUCUGCGAUCUUUCAUGAACCCGGCAGCUACUGAGUUGAGCCUCCAGACGCAUAUCAAUCAGCUCAAGAAAUCCAGCGAAAGUUUGCAACCUGCGAGGUACGCUUCUCUUCUUCAAAAGUGUACCGAGCAAAAGUCCGCCGCUGCUGGCAAACUCGUCCACCAGCACAUCCUUUCCUCUGGGUGUGGAGUGAAUAGAUAUAUUCAAAACCAUCUGAUUUUCAUGUA